CAUGAGUGUUUUUUCGGCAGUUGCAGUUGAACGAUGAUUCCGGGUUCUUUCUGACGUUACACUCUUGUUGAUCAACGCAAAUCGGUGGUGAGACCCUGGGGAAGUCGCGAAGACCAUCCGGAAGAGGGAAAUUUCGAGGACAAAGUGGAAAACAAAAAGUGAUUUUGCGUCGUGGAACUGUAGUUUCAGUUGUGUGAUGAGUCCUGGAGCCUCCUGGAGGCUCUUUGUGGUUAUUUCACAGGUCACUGGGGUCAGGGGAGACCCCACCGUGUGUUGAUGAAGUGAAAGUGGUGAAGGGAAUUUUUUGAAUUCCAUUUUUCAAAGAUUUUGAGAGUUUUUUUGGUUUUUGGGGCCUUUCGAGAGCUUGGAGAUGUCUGCUGGAGCUUCGCGGCCUCCCUCAGGGGUGCAGGGGGGUGCGGGGGAGCAAGAACCCCCAGCUGUGCCGGAUUAUUCGAGUAUCAGGGGAAAGGACGUGCUUGUGAGCCCCUCAGAGGAACAGUAUGAGCUUCUCCUGAGGCGGCUGAAGGAGAGAAUACUGGAUGGAGGCAGUGAGACUAUUUUCGACAUUGGAAUUGGUGAAGACGGAUCAGAGGAUGGUCUGAAAUCCGACGAAUACGAGGCUUCAGUGGCGACUCUCCAGUCGCUAGCAGCAACUCUAGAAGCCGACUGUGUUCUUCUGAGACAGAGUAAAGUGGACCAGGGUCUCACAGGGCAAUACCUGGUGAGACGACGCCUGGACCAGCAGGACUUCCUGGAGAUUCGAGUGGCUGUGGUGGGUAAUGUCGAUGCUGGCAAAUCGACACUCCUGGGAGUUCUCACCCACGGUGAACUCGACAAUGGACGAGGCCUCGCUAGGCAGAAACUCUUCAGACACAAACACGAGGCUGAGACUGGACGUACCAGCUCGGUGGGGAACGAUAUCCUGGGAUUUGAUAGUGUCGGCAAUGUCGUGAACAAACCAGAGCACGGUUCCCUCGACUGGGUUAAAAUAUGUGAAAAAUCAUCGAAAGUGAUAACAUUCAUCGACCUCGCUGGCCACGAGCGUUACCUGAAGACAACAGUCUUCGGAAUGACUGGCCACGCUCCAGAUUUUGGCAUGCUCAUGGUGGGGGCUAACGCAGGAAUCGUGGGAAUGACCAAGGAACACCUGGGGCUCGCCCUCGCCCUAUCUGUUCCUGUUUUCGUGGUCGUUACCAAGAUUGACAUGUGUCCACCCAAUGUUCUCCAGGAAAAUCUCAGGCUACUGAUAAGAAUUCUCAAAUCACCGGGUUGCAGGAAGGUUCCUGUCAUUGUCAAGACGCCUGAUGAUGUUGUUGUCAGUGCUACCAAUUUUGUUUCUGAAAGACUGUGUCCAAUAUUUCAAGUAUCAAACGUCAAUGGCGAGAACCUGAACCUCCUGAAAAUGUUCCUGAAUCUGCUCACAGCAAGAAUGAUAAGCCACGACGACGAGCCUGCAGAAUUUCAAAUUGACGACACUUAUUCAGUCCCUGGUGUGGGGACGGUAGUCUCCGGAACAACCCUCAAAGGUAUCAUAAAGCUCAACGAUGUUCUGCUACUGGGUCCGGACCCCCUCGGUCACUUUAUUCAGAUCGCAGUGAAGAGCAUCCACAGAAAACGAAUGCCCGUGAGCGAAGUGAGAGGCGGGCAAACGGCGAGUUUCGCUCUGAAGAAGAUAAAACGCUCACAAAUUCGCAAGGGAAUGGUCAUGGUCUCGCCAGCCUUGAAUCCCCAGGCCUGUUGGGAGUUCGAGGGUGAAAUUCUCGUUCUUCAUCAUCCAACGACAAUCAGCUCCAGGUACCAGGCUAUGGUUCACUGUGGCAGCAUCAGGCAGACAGCUUCCAUUCUAUCGAUGUCGCAGGACUGCCUGAGGACUGGGGACAAGGCUCUCGUUCACUUCAGGUUCAUCAAGCAUCCUGAGUACAUCAAGCCCGGACAGAGAAUGGUCUUCAGAGAGGGACGAACAAAAGCCGUUGGGAAUGUUCUACGACUGAUUCCCUACUCGUCAGCUAUCAACUCCCAGAAUUCACGAUCAGGUAAGCCUAAUAAGAAUCAGCAGAGUCGGCAGAAUGCCCUCGAGGGAGAGAUCAAUGGAGCCUUCGAUGGACAGGCCUCAAAACGUGAGAAUGUGCCCCAGAAGUCAGGGUCUGGACCAGCGAACAAAAAGGGAAGGGGGAGGAGGGGUGGGAGGCCUCACAAUCCAUCGAACCCCAGUGUGCAGCCCCUCUCCGAGCAGAAUCCACCUGCUAAAGUCUAAAUUGAGACGGAUUAUCUCAAGAUUCGAUGUAAAAAUUCUAUGAAAAUGGUUUUCGUUUUUUUUCGUUCAGCUGUUUUGUCAGGAGUCUGCAGGUUUCUGGAUAUUCUGGGGAUUAUCUUCACAUUUUGAAGAGGUGGAGGAUGACUGUUGGGGCUAGGGGAAGGCCAGUGAAAUUUCCGGUGGGAAACUCGUUUAGGAUAGGGGAGGGUUGGGUAAAACGGACACUAGACUUUUUAAAAAUUAUUCAUAACUCAGAAACAAAUUGAUCAAUUGAGCUCCGUUUAGGC